AGUCGAUUACACGACGCGGUAGAGUACACACGUGCCGUACAAUUUUCCGACGCGCUCUCCACGCGGUUCACACAUCGUAAUUAAAUACGAUACUGACAUCAAAAACAACUUUUAAUAAGUUUUCAAACACAAAUCUAUGGUUUCAACAAUUUUAACAUUUUCCAGUUUGUGAUUAGAUAGUGAAUGAUUAUCCUGUGAUCAGAAAAUUAAAAGAUCCAAAAGAUGUGCUGUCAAAACUACGAAAAUGUCUAUUGAAGGAAUCACUUAAUUGAAGGACAUGUGUAAUUAUCAGUUAAGUGUUGUGUUAUAAGUGAAACGUUUGUGUCGGUGAAAGUACCUUCAAAUAUGGCGCUUCAAGGACCUCUUCUGUUCUACGUAUUUACAACAUUAAUCACAGUUUGCACAAGACAACCACUAACAACCGCACUGUCUACCAGCACUGAAGUUCAGACGGUUGAUACGGUGCACGGUAUGCGAACGAAUGGUACAUUGUUCGCAUGGAGCACGUGGGGUGCGUGGGGCGCGUGCUCACGUACGUGCGGUGGCGGUGUGGCCGUGCAGGAGAGGCAGUGUCUCCCGCGGGAUCCUACCAGAUGGCGUCGCAGCAGAAAGAGAAGAAAGCUGACUAGAAGCGUUGACUUGGGCCGGCGAUCUAGGAACGUCAUCACGAGACCGGAACCUGACUGCGCCGGCCUGGGGCGCCGCUACCACGAGUGCAACACUGCGCCGUGUCCCGGCAGCAAGCGGGACUCACGAGCAGAGCAAUGUGCGGUGUAUGACCGGCGACCUUUCCGUGGCCGCUUUUACACCUGGGUGCCUUAUGUUGAUGGAAAUGCUCCUUGCAUUCUCAACUGCAGACCUCGUGGGCAGCAGUUCUAUGCCUCGUUAGCGCUAGUUGCUGACGGCACGCCCUGCACUAAGCCGGGAUUCAGAGCAAUUUGCGUUCAAGGAAGCUGUAAGCGCCAUCUAGUGGUGCAUAGCGGAACUAUGAUUCAUUUAUAUGUGAGUAAUAAUGUUGAGUUAGCAUAA